AUCAUGAUAAUGAAAAUGAAGAUGAAGGAUGGAUUGAGCUAAAAUCUUAUAAGGAAAAUAUGUUUACAAAGUUACAAGAGAUAAAAUCAGGAUUUUACAACAGACCAUUUAAAAAAAAUCUAGAGUCAAUAGAUUCUUUAUUGCCUAAUGACUAUGAACCUGACCACACACAUCAGAUGACAAUUGGAAACCAUCACCCAGUUAAGGUAAUAAAAGUUGCAAGAAUAUCUUCAUACAGAUCGCAAAAUUCACUUGUAUUUUGUUGUCCACCAGAUAAAUUUGAAGAAUUUUCCUAUCAAAAAUAUGUGACAACUACCGGAGGAGAGUUUAUAGGAUGGAAUAAAUCAAAUGAUUGGAUCUUGAAAAAUAUUGUUCAAUAUGUUCUUAAAAUUGAUUUGAAAGUUGAAGUAUCAAAACAUAAAAUGGAGGAUGAAGAUAUUGAAGUUGGUAAUAAAAGUUUCAAAAAAUGA